AUGCCGGUCGACUACAGUAAAUGGGACGCCUUGGAGCUCAGUGACGACUCUGACGUGGAAGUCCACCCCAACGUCGACAAGAAAUCGUUUAUCCGAGCGAAGCAGACACAGAUUCACCAGGAACGUCAACAGCGAAAGCACCGAAUGGAGGCACUCAAGUACGAAGUCGCGCUGCACCAGGCACUGCUCAAGCGCAUCUCCGCGCUGGUGGCGGCGCUCCGAUCGCGCGCCUCCGAGGCGGCAGCGACGGAGAACCCUGGCCAACUGGCCUUCCAGGCCGUCAUGGAGUCGGCGGGCGACCAAAAAGACGACGACCUGCCUCCCGUGCCCGAAGGUCUCCGCGUGGACCCCAACCAGCCCAAGACGUACUCGGCCAUGAUGGCGGGCCUGCUCGACCAGGUCAACAAGGCCAUGGAGGCCAAGCAGCCCGACGACCGCUACACGGCGAUGCUGGAGGAGAUUGGAGUCCACGAGACGCAGGUCCGGACGCUGAUCAAGGAGAGCAGCGAUGAGCUGGCCAAGCUGGAAAAGGAAGAGGGAAAGAAGAUUACAAGCGAGGGCAUCCACACUGGCUUUGACAGCUCCUUCGUGAGCAAAGCGACCGGCACGGGUGGUGACACGACACAGGUGGAGCUGUUGAACCCUAGCCAUAAGCCUGGCGAGUCAUCGUCGUCGGCAUCAAAAGAAGGUUCUUCCAGCAAGGACAGCAAGGACGACGACGACAUGGAGGCCUCACCCGCCGCCCGCAACUUUGCCGACAUUCGGCCCAACGACUACUCAGCCAGCCUGGACCACCUCGUCAAGCACCCGCAGAUUCUGACCGAGAAGGAAACUGACGGCCUCUUGGUGCUGGCGUUUGACGCCGCGCUCGAGAGCAAGGACGAGCGCUCCAAGCAGUGCGUGCACCAGGCGCUGCUGCUACAGUACUGCCGCUCGCUCGGCCGCGACGGUGUGGGCCUCUUCUUCAAGCGCAUCACGGCGAGCGGCGGCAAUAACGCCAAGGAGGUCUUUUACAAGGACGUGCACGACACGUACCUGAGGAUCCGCACGCGCGCCCGCGAGAUUGUCGCCGAGCGCGCCAAGGAGCCCGCCGAGGGCGUCGAGCAGAUCCAGCUGCACGCCGUCGAGCCCGGCACCGUCAUCUCCAUCAGCGUGCCGGCCGCGGACAGCGAGGACCCCGAGGUGCAGGAGGCGAGGGAGAUUUACGAGCAUUUCAGCGAGGAGAUGCGGACAGCGCUGGAGACGGGCGAGCUGGACAAGGUGAAUGAGGUGUUGGGCAAUAUGUCCGUGGAAGAGGCAGAAGAAUAUGUCAAUCUGUUUGGCGAGGCCAAUAUUCUGAGUCUGGAAGAGCAGAUCAUAGACGGCACUACCGACGAGGGUAAGCAGCAAAUCAAGGACCUAGAGGCCAAGGCUGCGGCCGAGAGAGCAGCGGAAGCAGAUGAGGGGCCAACUGGUGACCCAGACUGUAGUUAG